ACGCAAAAAUGAACGAAAAAGAAGAAGAAGUAUCGCUGAAUCAGAUCAAGCUCAAGCCACGUAUUUCACUUUUCAAUGGCUGCACAAUCAUUAUCGGAGUUAUUAUUGGAUCAGGAAUCUUUGUGUCACCAAAAGGAGUCCUCCUUGAAGCCGGCAGUGCUGGAAUGUCUCUGCUCAUUUGGCUCCUCAGUGGAGUAUUUGCCAUGAUUGGAGCUGUAUGUUAUUCAGAGCUCGGGACACUAAUCCCCAAGUCUGGAGGAGAUUACGCGUAUAUUUAUGAGGCGUUUGGUCCUCUUCCGUCAUUUCUUUUUCUUUGGGUAGCUCUUGUCAUUAUCAAUCCAACAUCUUUGGCGAUUAUUGCCAUAACAUGUGCAACUUACGCUCUUCAACCAUUCUACUCAUGUCCUGUACCGGACGUUGUUGUCAAUCUUUUCGCCGGAUGCAUAAUUGCUGUUCUCACAUUCAUCAACUGUUGGGAUGUUCGAAUGGCAACAAGAACUAACGAUUUCUUCACAAUCACCAAAUUAAUUGCUCUCACUCUCAUUAUUACUUGUGGAGGAUAUUGGCUCUCAUUGGGGCAUAUUGAUAAUCUUGUGAUGCCCGAUGUAGCAGAAGGAAGUCAAACAAAAUUAUCAGCUAUUGCAAUGGCGUUCUAUUCUGGAGUUUUCUCAUUUUCGGGGUUCUCUUAUCUGAAUUUUGUUACCGAAGAACUAAAAAACCCGUUCAGGAACCUUCCACGCGCAAUCUACAUUUCCAUUCCUAUUGUUACAAUUGUCUAUAUGCUCGUCAAUAUUGCAUAUUUUUCAGUAUUAACCGUUGAUGAGAUUCUCGAUUCCGAUGCAGUGGCCAUCACAUUUGCCGACAAAAUUCUCGGAACCUUCGGAAGCAAGAUACUCAUGCCAUUGUUUGUUUCCUUUUCCUGCGUAGGUUCCCUUAAUGGAAUUCUCAUCACAUGCUCCAGAAUGUUCUUUUCUGGAGCUCGAAACAGUCAACUACCUGAACUGUUUGCAAUGAUCUCAAUCAGACAACUUACUCCGAUUCCAUCAUUAAUUUUCCUUGGUGGAACUUCAAUCGUCAUGCUCUUCAUUGGUAACGUGUUCCAGCUUAUUAACUAUCUGUCAUUUGCUGAAUCACUCGUUGUUUUCUCUUCUGUCGCUGGGCUUUUGAAAUUGAGAUUCACAAUGCCUGAAAAUGUGCUAAACGCCCGUCCAAUCAAAAUCAGUCUCCUGUGGCCAAUACUGUUUUUCCUUAUGUGCCUCUUUCUUUUGAUCCUUCCAUUCUUCCACAGUGAUCCAUGGGAACUCAUUUACGGAGUUUUCUUGGUACUUUCAGGAAUUCCCAUCUACGUUCUCUUCGUCUACAAUAAAUACCGUCCAGGAUUCAUUCAAUCUGUGUGGAUAGGCUUCACACAUUUCAUUCAAAAAUUGUUCUAUUGUGUCCCAGAACUCUCCAGUUCCUGAAAAUUCUGUUUUAUUGUCAUAUCCAAACCCGUGACUCUUUCCGUUGUUCUUUUUUAUUUCCACAGUGUGCAUUUUUUGUUUUUUUGUUUGGUUUUUUUUGCUCCCAGAUCUUUCUGCGCUUCCGUUAUCAAGCGGACAUAUCUCAAAUUGACACAGCAUUUUUUUGCUAUUUUAUCCGCUCCAUAUCUAAAAUAUAUCUUUAUGUCAUCAUUGAAAGUUUUGGUUUUUAGCACCUAAUAACUUAUUUUCUCGAAUAGAAAUAAAACGUUCUCAAUUUU